GUCAGUGCUAUAGAUUAAUACUUUUAUUUAAUAGAUUAUGGAAGCCUGGGAAAAAUGGGCUUCGGCUGAGAUUUCUCUAGUUAGAGGGGAAAACCUAUUGUUUGAAAUUGAGUGUACUUCUUUCCUAGAAGGGGAUCAAUCAGGAGCCGAAGCUAUACCUGGAGGGACUAUAAAACUCACCAGCCAUCGUUUAUUUUUUCGGAACAGUGAGAAUAAUUUUCUAGAGCUACGCCUUUCUAAAGUUCAGUCGGUUGCUCAAGUUAAGGGAAGCAUGUUCCAUCACGAUAAAAUUAUUAUUAAUGUAGGACCUCCUUUUUGCAAAACAACGAAACUUUUUUUUCGAAACCAACACUACCAAGAAUUUUAUAAAAAGUUGUUAGAGGCCCUUGAGAAUAAAACGUGGGCUCUCAAGGAGGACUCUUCUCAGGAUCUACUUUCCUCUGAGCAGAAGUUUUUUACCGAACGGGCGGGUAUUUACGGUCUUGUCAAGCAGAAACAACGAGAGAAAACGGAAGCCGCCACUACUAUGACAAAAGCUUUUACUGACUUGAGCGCGCUUAUUUCCAACGCUCAGCAACUGGUGUCUUUCGCUGAAAAGCUGAAAAGUAAAAUAAGCAGGCACGAGAUGUCUGCCGACGACCAAACUAAAUUUAAAAGAUAUCUUUCUGAGCUUGGAGUCGUCGAUCCCGUCGGUAGUCCUAAUAAGCUGGGGGCCAGCCAAUACUAUCGCCAGCUGGCAAAAGAACUUGUGACAUUCGUUAUCCGACCUCUCGAGGACCACGGCGGCAUGCUCACGCUGACGCACAUCUUUUGUCUGUAUAACAAGGCCAGGGGGCACCAGCUCGUCUCCCCCGAUGACCUUCUUGAGGCGUGCAAAGCGGUUAACUUGCUGAAUUCGGCUGUCGUAUUUAAAACUUUUGCAUCUGGGACUAAAGUUUUGCAACUAAAGAAACUGGACGAAGAGGAAGUGCUUCGACGUAUCUCUUCUCUGUUCUGCAGCGCUGAUCAAGCGGUGUUUGACAAGUGCCGCUCCUUUACCAUUGCGGCCUACUCCUUGUACUCUGCUCUUCCGGUGGCUCUUGCCAAAGAACAGCUUCUUCUGGCCGAGCAACACGGCAUUCUCUGCCGGGAUGACUCUCUAGAGGGCCUCACAUUUUAUCCAAAUCUUUUUUAA